AUGGUGAAGGCCAGCGAACUUGUGAAAUGGUCCUUACUAUUUGAAGAUAGUGACAGCGCCGCACUUAUGAGAAUUGAGUUCCUCGUUGUGGCUAUUGCAGCUACCUUCCUCUUGAUGUCAUUCUUCGACAUGUACCGUCGUCAGUGCCGCUACUCUGCCAUCAAGUACCUCUUACUUGUCCUCGACGCCAUAAGUGAUUCCUCAUUCAUCUAUACAAUUGGGCUGAUGCAGAGUGCACCCUUCAAGAAAGAUCUGUUUUCAAUAUGGGCGCUCAUAUUGGUCAAUCUCCGGUUCAAUGCUUGCUUCAUCUCAGCAUACGGCAUCCCUGACCAAGACAACAGCCGCAUAACUGAGGGUGCAAGGGUGAUGUCACUUCUAGGGGUAGCCUUCUUAAUCGGCACACAGAACAGUCAGUUUAAGCAUCAGAUCUGGAUACUCUGGGCAAUGCAGCAAGUGAGAAGUAUGUACCUAAUAUUUGCAUACUAUUGGGCCACAAUAUCAUUCUUGCACGGUUGGAGCUCGCCACUUCUGACAGCAUAUAUGGGUACCGAGGUUGGUAUUUGUAAGGAGGGGGAUCCGACCACAAUGGUAGCAUACAAGUACUUGGUCUCUGGAGAUCAGAAGCAGAAUGUCAGACUGCUGGCGCCUAAAUAUAACUUUUGUCUGAAAGUGGAGUCAGAGGGGCGGUUCAUCACUCUUGAAAAGACGUGGCAGAUGCUCGGCAACCAGCAAUCAGACACCGAUGCAGGAGACAUCCAACCAUCAUGGACCAAAGACCUGUGCCUGUCCUUUGCAUUAUACCGGCUACUCCGUUGCAGAUUUGACGACUUACCCCUGCCAGCCGAGAGCAUCAAAAGCACCAGAAAAUUAAUGUAUGAAAUUAUUGGCAAGAAGGACCAAGAUUUGUCUGCACAAAUAGACCACCAAGCUGAGGGAACAUUCCGAAUUGCGAAAUUGGAGCUAAAGUUCCUCAACGACUACUUCUACACAAGAUACCCCAUCCUUUUUUGGCGUGGCUUCCCACUGAUGUUUGCUUGGUACCCUCUCCUGACCAUUACUCUCAUCGCUUGGCUUGGAAGGGACAUCCAUAAACUCUACAAGCCUAAGGAGGGGGAAACUGCACACGUCGUACAUGGGUUCAACGUCGACCUCAUUAUCACAUGGAUAUUCAUGGGCAUUAUCGUGCUGAAGGAGUCUUGGAAGGUGGUCACCUACUUGCUGUCUGAUUGGACUAAGGUGAUGCUGCUGUGCGAAUACAGUUCGCGGACCGUGAAGUGUAUUCCACAGUGGCUGUGGGAGUUCUUGGUUCGGAUCUUGUGCGCAUCAAGAUGUAGAAUUGUGCGCCGUUGGCACAAUAAGAUCGGUCAGUACGAAUUCUUGCAGUCAUUUGGCCACAAUCCUAGAAACAUUCCUUACUGGUUAAGCCUUGGCUUGGUCCCAAAAGAAAUUAGAGGCGCAAAAGUAGGCAGCCCAAUAGAGCUGCCAAGAGAUGUGAAAGUCGCCAUUCUCAAGUCACUUUGCUCAUUAGGUCUUGAUGAGGAAAACUCGCUAAAGUCAGACCUACCUCCUGAUCACAAGCAAUUCGACUGGACUUUUGAACUGCCAACAUGGUGUCACAGCAUUCUUGUGUGGCAUAUAGCAACAAGCCUCUGUGAGAUUGAGCUUGCUCAACGCUACAACACAAGCUUAACGACUUCUGAGUUACUGUGUUCAAUCAAGACUGCUCUCAGUUGUUUCUCCUCCCAGCCAUAUCUUAUAAAGGAAGACAGAAUCGAAGGGUGGCUGCGAGCUAAUUAUAUUGCCGCCAACAGUAUAUCACGCUACUGCGCCUAUCUGCUUGUUAUAGAACCAGAUUUGCUACCUGACAGUUUCUUAACUGCCGAUGACUUAUUCAGAUGCGCCGUUGAUGAGGCUUUAGAUAUCCUGAAGGGCUGUGACACCCUGCAAAGCAUAUACAGAAGGCUGGUUCGAGGAAUUCCUCGACAAGAUGACAGAAAAAUGGACAGAUUAAAGACCCAUCCCGAUACGAUACUUGCGAAUGCCGCACGCCUUGCUUGGUCUCUGAUUCAUGAGAUUCCUGAUGAAGUAGUUCGUUGGAAGGUCCUCGCAGAAGUCUGGGCCGACAUACUGGUACACACAGCCCCCUCAUGGAAUGCCUCAGCCCACAAGAAAUGCCUAGCAACAGGUAGUGAGUUCAUAACCCAUAUAUGGGUCAUUCUUUCUCAUUGCAACGUCCAGAGCAGCUCGCGCUGGCCAGUUCAAGAACCCCCACACGAUGAACAAGACCAACCAUGGAGUCCAAUUCUGGGGCAGCAUUUAACCCAACAGCUUGCUCAGAGCGAUACAGAAGAAAGCAACGAAAUACAAGAGAAAUAUUGUUGA